UGCUCCCUCUAAUUAGCAGUGUGCGCCGGUAAAGAAACUCAGUGGAGCGACCUCACCAAGGCGCAAAGGCAUCCGAAGGCCACUUCACCUGUGUGAUGACUUUGACUGUGUGAAGUUGGACAGAGAGUCGGUCCGGAUGCUCGCUGCUCUGCGGUGAGCUGCCCAGCUUAGCUGACAGUCGAUUACAGCUGAAAGAGCAGUUUAAGAAAGAAGGAAAGAGAAAGAAGCACUUUGACGCUUGUUUUGUGAACUCCUGCGCGCCCCGCUUGUCCGUUCAGCGCCUGGCCUCGGACACACCGACUUGUUGCCCCGGCUGAGCUCUGAGGGGGCCACGGCUGCUGUGUUGCGUGUCCGACCUACAAGUCAGCGACAGGACUUAAAAGGCUGCUGUAAGGAUGAUGUCCUACAUAAAGCAACCCCAUUACACCAUGAACGGGUUAAACGUGCCUGCCCCUGGAAUGGAUGUGCUUCACACAACCGUCGCUUAUCCACCCACUCCCCGGAAGCAGCGCAGGGAGCGCACCACCUUCACCCGCACACAGCUGGACAUCCUGGAGGCGCUCUUCUCAAAGACCCGCUACCCAGACAUCUUCAUGAGAGAGGAAGUGGCCCUCAAGAUCAACCUGCCUGAGUCACGUGUCCAGGUUUGGUUUAAAAACCGCCGUGCCAAGUGCCGCCAGCAGCAGCAGCAGAGCAGCGGCCAGUCCAAGCCCCGGCCUCCCAAAAAGAAGGCCUCGCCAGCGCAGGAGCCUAGCAUUCCUGAUCCCGUUCCUAACCCAUCUGGCUCAUUCAGCCCCUCCUCAGCCCAGUCGGGCCCCAGCCUGGCCCCGAGCUCCAGCACUGGAAACACUGCUGUGUCCAUCUGGAGCCCAGCCAUCUCACCCCUGCCAGACCCCUUGGCCUCCUCCUCGGCACCCUGCAUGCAGCGGCCCUCACCUUACCCUAUGAGCUAUGGCCAGCCGUCAGCCUACACCCAGGGCUAUGCCAGCACAACCUCCUACUUCACUGGCCUGGACUGCAGCGCCUAUCUGUCCCCCAUGCAUUCACAGUUGUCAGGCACCGGAGGUGCUCUCAGCCCCAUUGCUGUGCCCUCUAUGGGGGGCUCCCUAAGCCAGUCCCCAGCAUCUCUGUCUUCACAGGGCUACAGCACUGCCUCUUCCCUGGGCUUCACCUCUGUCGACUGCCUGGACUACAAGGACCAGCAGGCCUGGAAGCUGGGCUUCACCACAAUGGAUUGCCUGGAUCACAAGGACCAAAACUCCUGGAAGUUCCAGGUUCUCUAGAAAGGGUGUCAACAUGCCACGUGCAUCAGUGAAUCCCAUGUAAGAUAGGGCAAAGCAGUUCUCAGUUUGUCAUUUGUAAGAUUAUCUGUAGGAAAUGCAUUUGAUUUAAAAGGUUUGGAGAUGAACAAAUGAAUGACUGUCAUCGAUGCUGCCUGACUGCAAAUCAUGUCUGUUUUCUUCUUCAUGUUAUCUUAAAUAAGAGAACAAACGCCUUUAAACAGUUUGAAGGAAAAGACUGGAGAAACAACACAAGCUAUCUCUUUCUCUCGCGCACACACACACAGACACACACACACACACACACACACACACACACUUUUUUGUGUUCCGUUUGCAUAGAGUGAAAGGAGAGCUUUUUGUCCUGGAGGAGCUCCUGUAGGUCCUCCUUCAGGGUUACUUUAUUUUGAGCUAUUUAUUAUUAUUAAUAUUAUUAUUUGAAGUUCCAUUUGAAUAUCUAAUUUGACUGCAUUUAGAUCUUUUUUAGCUUUCGUGUUAAGUAUUAUAGUGUUCACCUUUAGUGUCAUCAUCUUGAUCUGUUUGAUGGAGAAAAAAAUAGAUUUUCUGUUUUAAAUGUGACACAUUAAAGUGAUCUAUUCUUUACAUGUUUGUGCACUGAUGAUCAAUGGGAUGAAUUCCAGUUUGAAAGUGUAGCUUUAGAGGAUUUGGAAGACCCAGUUAGGGGUCAGUGUGAAGUGGAGUUUGGAUGUAAAGUGGCCAUGUUGUAGCAGUGGGCUCUGGAGCUGCCAUGUUUGUCAUAAGGCCUGCAUGGCUCUCACUGUUCCAUCUUGGUUAUUUUAGCUUAUCUGAUUCUGGGAGUGUUCCAAUCCUCUUAGAAUCCCUUCAGCAAUGCCCUAAGUGAAUUAGUUAGGAUUAUUGCCCUCCCUCCCUCUGUCUGUCACCUACCUCAGCCUCUUCUUCCACUUCCAUUCCCCUCUUUUUCCUGUUUCCCUCCAUCUUUUCUGUCUAUUCUCUCCCAUCAGCUUUGCAGUAUUACGUUUUCCUCCACCUCUGGCUGUUUUCUCUCUUAAAGCCUUUUCAGUUUAGGUGUAUCUCUGUUGUCAUGCACAUCUCCCCAAAACAGCUGUCUCACUGACACCAGUGCAGUUUAAUAAAGUGCUUUUUGCUUACA